UCCCAUUGAACGGAGACGCUGCUCUCGAUCAUAAGACUAGGACGCCGUAUCCGAGUACCGCAGGCUGAUUUACUUCUGCUCGAAGGCCGCUUAUAGAUAUAGGAAUUAAUUCACUAACAACUGGGGAACUGCACUUCUGCCUACGCUUCUCCCUUGAAGAAAGAAGAGGUGGUUGUGGUGUGAGGGGAGUGUGUGUGCACGCGUGUGCGAGUAAUGGCGGAGCAGCAGAGACAGCGUUCACUCUCCACAGCAGGGGAAUCACUAUAUGUGAUCCUGGGAGUUGAUAAAAACACGGCACCAGAAGACAUAAAGAAAUCCUACAGAAAACUAGCCCUGAAGUUCCACCCUGACAAGAAUCCUGACAAUCCAGAAGCGGUGGAGAAAUUCAAAGAAAUCAACAAUGCUCAUGCCAUUCUGUCAGACCCCACCAAACGCAACAUCUAUGACAAAUAUGGAUCUCUGGGCCUCUAUGUGGCAGAACAGUUUGGAGAGGAGAAUGUUAACACAUACUUUGUUUUGUCCAGCUGGUGGGCCAAGGCGUUGUUUAUAUUCUGCGGUGUGGCCACAGGCUGUUAUUUCUGCUGUUGCCUCUGCUGCUGUUGUAACUGCUGCUGUGGGAAGUGUAAACCUCAUCCUCCUCGGUCAGAUGAGCCGGAAUUCUAUGUGUCUCCUGAAGACCUGGAAGCUCAGAUGCAGUCAGAUGAUAGAGAUGGCAGCAGCCCCAUCGUGAUGCAGCCGUCCUCUGCCACAGAGACCACUCAGCUGACCUCAGACUCUCACCACACCAGCUACCGGACAGACGCCAGCUAUUAAACCUCUCUCUCACACACACACGGGACCACCAUGCCAGAAAAGGUCAUGGUGGGCAAAGGUCACGAAGGAAAGAGGAUGAGUGGUUAGUUAGUUACAGUAUCAUUGGUAAACCUGAAAAACUCCACUGUACAGGGCAAGAAGCGAGUUUAUUUUUAUUUGCCUUUAACCUCUAUCAUCCCCAAACCUACUGCUGUGUUAUAUUCAACAAACACACACAUACACACACAAGGACUUUCUUACAGUGUACAUACAGUCUUCCUGCUAUGAUCCAAGCCAACAGCUGCUGUUAUGCACUGGUUAUCACACUGCAUUUGUCUACAUAAGAUGUUAAAAUAAUUUUGAUCAAUCUUAAUUAAAGCAUGAAUUAGUUUCCACAACAACAGGACACAAGGAAGUAUUUCUGCUUGGUGCAUUCAUCUAUCAUUAUGGAUAAUGAAGCUGGUGUUACACUAGCUGACUCGAAUAAUUUGAUAAUUGUAGAGGUUGUCACACAUACGCUACCAUUCAAAAGUAUGGAGUCAGUAAUUUUUUAUUUAUUGAUAGUUUUGUUUUGGAAAGGAUGCAUUAAUUUGAGCAGAAGUGACAGUAAAGGCAUUUAGGUUAUACAAGAUUUUUUAUUUCAAAUGCCAUUCUUUUGAGAUUUAUGUUCAUCAAAAGAAAAAAACACCGAAAUAUUAAGCAGCACAACUGUUUUCAACACUAAUAAUAACAAUAAAUCAGUAUAGUAAAUAGCAAAUCAGCAUAUUAGAAUGAUUUCUGAAGGAUCAUGUGUCACUAAAGACUGGAGUAAUGAUGCUUGAAAAUUCAGCUUUGCAUCAUAGGAAUAAAUUCCUCUUUGAAAUGCAUUAAAAUAAACAAGUUAUUUUGAUUGAAACAAUUUACAAAAUUAUUUUUUUUACUGAAUUUUUUGUUUAAAUAAAUCCAGCAUAAACUUGCCGACCACAGACUUUUUAAACUCAAAGUUAUUGACCUUUCCAUGCAUUUGAUUGGCUCUCACUGGCACAAACCUCACAAUCACAUCAUAAACAUUGUCCUGCGUUGUUUUCAUGUUUCCACAUUUUUUAACACGCAUGCCUGUGCCAGAAAUCACGCUAUACAAGUUCUAGUCCUUCAGGUUCAAGUGUUUCGUUACAUUAACUGGAAAUGGCUUUCAGUAGUUUGAUACAUUUAUAUUUUUCUAAACAGUAAGGCAGUGUAGUGUAGUCACUGAGGACAUGAUUGAGGACACAUUGCUGUGUCAUGUUGUGUAUGUUUAUGUGAGCCGUCUCUUGUGUUAAUGGCAUCCAGUGGGCAUGCACUGUCAAAUAUAUUCAUGCAGUGCUUAGCUGAGCUCAAUUUCAGCCACAUGUGGUGGGUGGGUGUGUGUGUGUGUGUGUGUGGAACAGGAAUUUGGGGUCAGAUACAUACAAACACAUACGUCACUAUAAGCACAGGGGGAUUGUGGGUAAAGCGAUUCAUCUGCACAAAACAUACAGUACGUUUCCCAUAUAGUUCAGUAACAGUGAUUUUCAUUCUUUAAGUCCAUAGUUUCACACUGACGGUGACCCAAAAUUGUUAACUGAUGCAUCCUUUUUAGUGUGACACAAAUUUAUUUUAACAAAUUUAUUGCAAAUUUAUUUUAACAAAUCUGGUUCUAGAAUUGGAUGUGGACACAUUAUCAGUCAGUGUGCUGUUAUAUUUUGUUUUGGCUGUAAGUAUACCCAUAAUUUGAUGUUGUUCCCUAGUGCCAUGGUUUAAUCAUGUCAGCAUAUUAGUUAAUACACAUUAACACUAUUAUUACUAUUAUGCCAGAAAAUAUGAAUAACUCUGUGAUCUGUAUCCUUCAGACUAAAAUGGUUCAUGCUCAAUUUGAUCAUCUCAUAUACACAAUUCGGGGUUCCCAGUCAUGGAAAUCUGGGAACAUUACAGAAGUGUAAAACCUUUUAGAUCUUCUCUUUUCUUUUAUCUGUCAGAAUGCAUGCAUAUUUUUAUUUUUGAUAGGAGUGAACCUAAACAUACAGACAUAUAGGACACCUUCAUUUCUGUGUGUGUGUGUGUGUGCUGUUUGAAACUGAGAUCUUAAUUUAAUCACUGUAUUAUCAUCUACUGUAUGUUCUGUUUAAAUAUCUGUAAUGUCUUUAAAAUGGAUUAGCUGUAUAGCUGUUCCUGUUUGUGCAUACAUUCAUUUACAUGCACUUGAAACAGAAUGUAUGGAAAACUUGUGUAAUUUACCCCAAAUGUGUGUUUUAUUUGUUUAGGAUCACAUUGUGAAUAUGUCAUAGGUUUAUUUUGUAGUUUUUUUAUUUUAUUUGUUUCUAAAUCAUUAGGCAGAUUAUUAGUGAUCAUGUUUCUAAGCAUUUCUAAGACUGAACUGUUCACAAUGUGUAACGCUUUUUAUUUACAAAAUAUUAUUUCUCAACACGAACUUCACUGUAACACAGCUACUGAUCAGUUUUUGCUUUGUUAUCCCAGUUUUGCUUUCCAUUUAUUUGUUGUAUUCAUUCUUUCAUUCAUUCAUUCAUGAUCAUAAACAAAAAAACAAAACCAAAAAAAAACACUGAUCCGAUUUCCUAUUGAUUCCAGUCUAAGAAUAAGAGAACGAAUGGAGCGUUGUGAAUACAACACCUAAACAGAAUCAUGUUCAAAAUUAAGGAAAUAGUAUAAACAUGGUGAUGAGAAACAAUAUUUUAUUUAUUAUUUUCCUAUGUUUUUAAUGAAUUACAUAGUUCAAUAUGUGUAAACGAAUAUGACUAUUGUACAGAAUGGCUGAAUUCUUUUGCGUGUUCUGGAUGAAUCAGCUGAAAUUGUUGUAGCAUGAAUAUAAUGUGUCAGAGAGAUGUAACAUGGAUAAUUGGUCUGAAUUACAGCUGUAAAAUAAAUUUGAAGGAAGCUAAAAAAAA